AUGCUUCGUAACAAAAAAUGUCUAGUCAAGUUUCCCUCGAGUUUUGGUAUAAAUACUGUUUCUCUCCGUGCUGGAGUAGUCGGUAUCAGCUCCGCAGGAUCAGCAUAUCAGCAGUUUCAGUACAGCUCUACAGACCAAAAAAGAGAACUCCACUCGAGUUAUAAAUACAAUCUUCCCAAAUCUCCACUCAAAACUCCUUCUCAGUCUUUGACAUCAAGGACCUUAGUUACGAAUUCACCAAUGGCGUCUUCCGAUGGUCUUUCUGAAACUCUCCACGCCGUCACUCGCAUAAAGCUUGAUCAGCUAGCGAAACAGACAAGCGCAUAUGAAUCAGCAAAGCACUCUCUUCUCGAGAAUGCCGAUGAUGAACUAGAUAGUCGAAAACGAGUUCGUCUCCUCAUCAAUGGUGCAGAGUACCUCCCCACGAUGACUUCUUUGAGGGCGAACCCUACCCUGCCUCUUUAUAAUAUACGAAGGUUUACCUCACAGUCUGAACGGGACCCCUCUGUUUCGGAAAGCUUCCUUGGAGACUACGAAAAGACGAUUCGAGAUGAGUUAGAUGUGCAAUCAAAUAAAUAUGCAUUUGCCAAACUCUACGGCCAACUAGUCAAUGAAUGGAUCUCAGCGGGAAAGAACGGUAACGGUGAAGGUAGUGAGGCAGGUGCGGAUUGGGUUCCUGUUGGACGGGAGGAAAUGCAUAAGCAGCGGGCUACUUGGGAGGGUUACGUCCUUAAUGAGAAGAAAGUUGAUACUGAGGCUAUCAAGGCAUACCUCGAGAAACUCUUCAGCAAGAAUCCGUCCAAGGAAGUCAGAUUGGCAUUCGAAGACUUCCGUACCAGGAUUCACAACCUUCAAGAGUUUUGGAAUAACUCGCCGUUUGAUGUGAACAAUGUUUCAGCGACCAUCAAAACAUUGCUCCGGGUGGAUGUUAUCAAUGACAAGAAGAAGGCAACAUUGAAGGAGUUCCUUGGGAACAACGUCGUACUCAAAGAAAUCGCCGACGUUCUGAAUAUGCGAAUGGAAUCCCGAAAGUCCUUUACUUGGGAAGGGAUUUCGGUAAUUGAGCAAAGAAGACAGCUAAACGGUCGGUAUCGUUUCUACCCGGAUGAAGAUCUGCUUCAAACAAUAUUUAUUCAAUAUACCGGCCUUGUGUGGGCGACGCAAUGGCGGAGCAGUUUGAAAAAGUUCAUUACUACUUACGGUGUCCUGAAGUCAGCACCUGGAAGCAUCACAGAGGAGCUAUUGCAAGACCGUAAAUUGAAGCUUUCGAACACAGUUUUAGGCACGCCCUCAAAUUUGGAGGGAUACCUCGCCGAUCACUGGAUGAAUGAAAUUUUCGUCGACCAGCUGCCCGAAAACAUGUUCGAACAACGUGGCGGGUAUGAGGGUGACAAUGAUGAAGGUGACACUCGAUUAAGUCCACUAGCUGUUGUGCAAAGAUUGAUCCGGAUCGUUCAAUCUGAGAUCAUUAUUCGAAGACGGCUCGAAAAGGAUACUACCGUUAUUCGAUCUGACUUCAAGUGGUUCGGUCCGUCACUUCCUCACGACUCAAUCUUUGCCGUUCUUGAAUUCUUCGGAGUGAAGGAAGACUGGAUUCAGUUCUUUAAAAAGGUUCUGAGAGCUCCAGUCUCAUUUGCUGAGGAUAUCGGUGCAAGCCCUCGACCUCGCCAGAGAGGUAUUCCCAUUGGGAUCCCUAUUGCUUACUUCUUCGGCGAAGCUUUGCUUUUCUGCACCGACUUUGCAGUCAAUCAGAAGGCAAACGGGGCGCGAUUAUACCGACUUCACGAUGACAUCUGGUUGUGGGGAGAGAAGGACUCUUGUCGCAAGGGCUGGAGUGCCCUCACCGAAUUUGCAACACUCACCGGGUUAGAGUUCAACGAGGAGAAAACCGGGUCUGUCCACAUCUACAGUGACCGAAACAAGAAGGUAGAGCCUACUUAUCCCGGGCUUCCUGAAGGUGAUGUGGUUUGGGGGUUUUUAAAGCUCGACCCUGUAUCCGGGUUCUUCACCAUAAAUAACACAAAGGUCGACUCCCAUAUCGAAGAGCUCUCCCUACAACUUAACGCCUGCAAGAGUGUUUUCGAUUUUACUCAGGCCUGGAACAUCUACGGUGCACGGUUCUUCCGAACGAACUGUGGUAAAGCAUCUGUCUGUUUCGGGCGUCAACAUGUCGAUUCAAUGCUCGAGACCUUCCAACGAAUCCAACAGAAGAUCUUCAAGUCUACUACAGGUGGCGUCGGCGAGCAUUUGAAGAAGAUGAUUGUUGACCGAUUCGGUGUUAGCGAUAUCCCAGAUGGAUACCUCUACUUCCCCAUCAAGCUCGGAGGGCUGGAACUCCAAAAUCCCUUCGUCAAUCUCUAUCUCAUCCGCGAUUCCUUCCAUCAGGAUGACCCCUACGAGUUAAUGGAUGAGUUUUUUAAAGAAGAGGAAAGAGAGUAUAGCCGAGAGAAGGAACAGUUUGAAAAGCGGAAGAAGUCUAGGGACCCUAAAGCUGUGAAGCUUCAAGGUUUGGAAUUUCUGACCCGCGAGGAGUAUGGAAGCUACCGGGAGGAGACGAGUUAUCAACUCCUCAAAACAUUCCAGGCGUUGACCUUUGAACCGUCUGAGAUUGGGGUGGAUUUGACUGGGGAUGUUCAGGCGAUAUUGAAUAUAGCCGCGAAAGGAGGGCAGAGGGGGAGGGAUCAGUGGAAGAACUACGACAAGUGGAUCUUCCAGCUGUAUGCGAAAGACAUGAUGAAGAGGUUUGGAGGAUUGAAGAUUGUGGAUGAAGGGCUAUUACCCAUGGGGCUAAUGGCGAUGUUGAGGCAGUCGAGGUUCAAGUGGCAGGGAUAA